UAUAGUCUAUAGUUACCGACGUAAACAUUGAUUCUAAACCAUAUGAUCGCUCUCGUUACGAUUGCUCGUGAUCAUACGACGGGAGUUGCCCGUUUCUUCCGGGUUACCCGUGUGUAACACGUGUGUCAUCUGAACAAUCGAUUUUCGAUGCGAAUAAUCUCGUGACAAUAGUCAUAAUUUCCGCCUCUCAUUCGGGUGUAAUUAAACGCCUAAUAAUUAUCGCGAUAAUUUCGCUUUAUAUUAAUCUGUUAUCUCGCACAAGAUGUAUUAAUUUGCCCAUAAAAAGUAUUAUUGCGUUUGACUGAGAAGGCGUGGAAAGAGAAAGGAUAUCCGAUUUAUAUCUGUCAACUGUAAUCUAAUACCCUUAUGGGCGAAACUUCUCUUCGUCAUCGUUUGUCGUGAUUGAUCGGGAUGUCUGAGAACGCUCACAUUAAGGAACAGUGGCAACUUCUACAGAGUUUACGAUCCACUGCGGAGGGUCUGUUGAUUGGAGUGUCCAAUGUUUGGAACGUUUACGGUGGCCUAAAUCGGCUGCACAAUGCAAUGGAGAAGAUAUUUAAACAUGGCUGUCGUAUAUUCGAUACCAAUGGUGAACCAGACUGUUGGAUAUUCAUUCAAGGACUGAAUUGGCUUCAGCCGUCUUUAGCAACAUCACCAGUGUUAUCGGAAAAUGAGGAUUAUCUAUGCAAUUUGCCAGCUGAAAUAACAUCUAAGAAGGAUAUGUUGUGGCUAUACAAGAGUUUAGAAAGUCAUUCUUUAUCACACAAAUUAUCAUGGCUUCUAUCAGAUAAGGAACAUUUGCUCUCUUGUCUGGAGCCAUGGGCGUUUCUUUGUCAAGAAAAUUUGGCGGAAGCGACACUUUUGUAUUUACGAGCAAUCGAGAGGAAUCAACCUGUACUGUUCGCAGAAAUCGAUCCUUGCUUAUUUCUGCCAUCAUGGAUAUCGCCUAAAACGAGUCCCAGACGACAUCGUCGCUCAUCCUCAUAUCCGGUCAAUCUUUCUGGUGUUAAUCAUAUCCUUGUACAAGACAAAAGUGAAAGAGAUCUUAAUAGAUACUUAAAGGUUUCAACGCAGUCUCAUUUGAGGACUGCAAUGCAGUCUAUUACCCACGAAGUGGACAGCGUCGAAAAUGAACCAACAAAGCCCGCACAAAUUACUACUGAUGAUAAUUUGCAAAAUGAUUCCAACAUCAAUAAUGACAUACCUCUGAAAAUGUGGAAUAGUCUGCCUGUUUUGGUCAAGAGCCACAGUAGCGCUGCCAUAGAUAAUUCAACCGAGACGGUUCAGAUUUCGCCGAUUAUUCCAGAAAGUAGCGACAGCAGCAACAAAAGUAAUAAUCGACCUCGUGCAUUGGAAUUAGCGGAGAUUAUCAACGUCAAUUAUUCCGAGUCGAAGCAACCCGUUGAUUCCAACAUAGAUAGACUCAUAUCGAAGCCCAAAACACCUAUUAGGAAGACGAGAAGCAGAACGAAGGCUAAGCAUAGCCAGAGUAAAAGAGUAUCUGAAAGUCCGGAAGCUUAUUCGAGCGUUCAUGGAGAAGAAAUAAAAAACACUAUCGAGGAGACGCGGCCGAUUGUAACGACGGCGGAAUUGGCGGAGAAGAGGUUCUUGAAGCAACUGGCGAUGCGCAGAAAAACGUCCUUCUUGGUAGGUUCGGCGCCCGAAUUUACGGGCUCGUGGACUCUCGAAGUGGAGGGUCAGAAGGAUAUCCGUACACCGCGGAAGAGCUUCAUGGAGGACGGCGGCAGUAGCGUGCAGCCAAUGGCGACUGGUUAUUUUCCGCGUCCGGUAGAAGGCCAGAGCCUGACUAGUUUCCUGUCUUCGGCGCGGUUCUCACGUGCCCACGACGCCGAGUUGGAUCGCGAGAACGCGCACUUUAGCAUCUGCGAGGCAAUGAUUGCCGCUAUCGAGCAGGUCAAGUGUAACCGGCUGCAACGGUUGGAUGUCGAUGCGGUCGACGACGAGAGCGACGAGGAGAUCAAUCGGCUCAAGCAACGGAUUCGGCUGCGACGUCGGCAGCGCCAGGAGGAGAGAUGUCGGAGUAAAGGCUGGAGCCGCGGUGAUCUGCUAAGUGACGGUAGGACCGACACAACCACAACUACUGAUCAGAGUGUCAGUCCAUUGUCCACGUCCCCGGAAAAUCCCUCGGACAGCAUGUCUACGGAGGAUUCUGAAUUGGACGACGAACGGAAAUUGAGAAACGGCGACACGCUCGCGUCGACUACAUCGUUGUUCUCGGACGCGGAACCGCGCCACGCGAGGUUCGCCACUGAGUCGAUCAUGAGUGAGAGCAGCGUGUCCGCUGAAGGGGUGGCUUUAUCCCUCAUCAGUCGCUUCAACGAGAAGCAACUGCCUCGGGCUAGCGAGCUGCAGUGGCUGGUUUCUGAAAAGGAUGCGCCUCAGCGAUUGUUGCCGAUGCCGAAGAGUUGGCCGGUCAGCCCUGACGAGAUCGAGAUCGAAGACACGCGGACGAUACCGCUGAGAGGGACAAUCGAAUGGGCCCCGCCGCGACCACAGAUCAUUUUCACGCCUCAUCCACCGCCAGUAAGACGGACGUUGAUAGCGAAGCAGAAUUACAGAUGCGCAGGUUGUGGCAUGAAAGUCGCCGUGAAAUACGCUAAUCGAUUUCGUUACUGCGAAUAUCUGGGCCGGUACUUUUGCACGGGCUGCCACACGAAUCAGGUGGCGUUUAUUCCAGGGAAAAUUCUGUCGAAAUGGGAUUUCAACAGAUAUCCCGUGUCGAAUUUCUCAUACAGAUUACUGGACCAGAUGAUGUCGGAUCCGCUGUUCCAAGUGAACGAUUUGAAUCCGCUGUUGUAUAGACGAAUAAAACAAUUGGAUAAAACGCGAGUUUUGCGCACAAAAUUAUUCUUCUUGAAGGAUUUUUUGCUCACGUGUCGAUUUGCAAGCAGUCUUCAAAAUAUGCUGAAAAAGGAGCCGGAUUACAUCAUAAGUGAUCCGCAUGUAUACUCAAUUCAAGAUCUAAUAAAUAUCAAGUUUGGCAUGCUGUAUGCCAAACUGCAGGAUCUCGUUCAAGUUUGUUGUGCGCACACUAUGGAAUGCGAGCUGUGUCAAGCUAGAGGAUUCGUAUGCGAGUUAUGCUAUUCCAAAGAUGUUAUAUUCCCGUGGGAUUUGUCGAAGGUGAUCCGAUGCGAAAAGUGUGGUGCGUGCUUCCACAUGGAUUGCAAGCAAAACUCUGAUAAGCUCGAAUGCCCUCGAUGCGUAAGGCUGCGCGACAGACGAAUCUCAAGGGAUGAGAAGCUCUGACGAAUGACGAGGGCGUUUUUUGCCACAUCAUUCAGAAUGGGAUACGUAUAUUAAACCCGUUCGCGUAGAAAGCCAUCUUCAAGAGGUCUUAGAGAUUUAUUCUCUCAUCUGUCUCCCUCCCUUUUCUAACAAAACUUAUCAGACGAUACAAAAUUCUAAAACGUUUAAGACAUUUUAUAGAUAUCUUUUAAAUUUCUAUGUUGUCUCUGAGAUAUUGUUAUUAAUUAUAUUAUUAUGUAAAGUACACACAGGCAAUACAUAUUCAAGAAAUGCAAAUUUUUGGAUAUACAACUUGUUACAAUAUCAUAUUUAUGAUGAUUAGUCAAGUUUGAGUUGAAUUCUAAUUCUUGACAUUUGACGUAUGAAAAUGUUAGAUAUACAUUGUAUAUAUAUAGAUGGACAUUUAGAUUGCAUAAUAGAGUGAUAGGGAUUUAUAAGAGAAGUCAAUACCUUUUUUGUUCCUUGUUGCAUUGCAGGGACAUAACUGAGAAUACUAUUUGUGCCUCAGUCUCGGAAAAAAAGAAAAUUGAAUGAAUGAGACAUACAUAAUAGCGAAGACUGAAGCAUUGUGAUAUAUUGCAUGUCAGAUUUCGAUUUUUUUGAAACCUGAAAGAACAACUUUAGAAUAGAAACGUCCAUAGGACGUUUUAAGCCUUCUUUGAAAAGAAAAUCAAUAUCUUGGAAGAUUAAUUUAUAUCUUAUAUAAUUAGAAUAUAUAUAAUAGUUAAGUUGUUUAAUAAGAUAUCUGAUUAUAUAUAUAUAUAUAUAUCUUAUUGGAUAUCUUAUUAAACUACAUCGCACAAUGCAACUUGGCACAUUUUUCAAUAUAAAAGGAUACACACAAUCCUGCAUUUCACCCCCAAAAAUUAACUAUUAAGAAAAUUGCAAAAAAUUUUUUAUAAAGUAAUUAGUUUGUGUGUAUUUAAAUAGUCUGUUACUAUAUAUUUGUGAUUCUUUUUUCAUAUUUGUGAAUUCUUUUCUAUAGAUUUAGAGGGAAAAAUAUUUUAAAAAGAUUUGUAUGUACAUAUUUAUUUACAGACAUAGCUAGCGUUCGAUGAACAGAAAGUAUUAUUUCCUUGUAAUUAUUUUGUACAUCAGCAGUAAGAAUCUCAUAUUGCAAUAGUAAUUUUAAGUCUACCGUCUAGCAAUACAAAUAACUCAAAAUUAUUACAUUAUGUAAAAAAAUCGUAUCUAGUGCUAAUUCCAAAUAAUAUAAUAAUAAUAAGUAUGUACCUGAUUUUUCUUGACAUUUAAAACAUGUAUAUUUAUUGUUUAUUUAUGAAAAUUGCUAAAAUGUGCAUGUGCAAACUAGUAAGAUUUUCAGAAUUUUGUUAUCUUCUGCACGACAUACAGACUCUAUUAUAAUUCUUGAUAUAAUAAUUGUGAACAAAAGGUUUAUAAAAAAAAGUAUUUGAAUAAAAUUAUUAGAUUCAAAUGUGUAACUACAAUUGAUGUGAAAAAGAUCAAUCAAACCUGUUUGAAUUAAAAAAAUAUAUAAUAUUUAUUAAAAAGUAUAUAGUAUUUGCAAAGAUCUCUGCAUAGUUGCUUCAAAAAGUUAAUCACUUUAUUUCUGGGAAAUAUGACAUACUUAUUUAAGUUUUAUUUCUUUGAAAAUAAUUCCAUUACACUUCUGAUAAUAACUAAAUAGAAUGGAAACAUUCCUGAAAGUCAUUUUGUAAAAGCUUUUUCUAAAAUCUAUUUAACAUAAUUGUAAAGAGACAUGACUAAUUAUCACCUUACUUAACUAGGUGCAAAUUAUGAAAGAUUUUACUUGAAAUAUUUCACAUUAAAAUAACACAAUUAAUAAAUUUUUAUGAUUUUAUUUGGUUAUAUGUGUUUAUAGCACACAUCUAUCUGAGGAUAAUAGAUAUAGUAGAGGUUCAUUGCGACAAUAGAAAAAAUAUAUUAAUUAUAUAUAUACACACUAGCCUAAUUUUGACCCCACAUUUCUGCAACCCUCAAUGUAUGUUGAUGUAUAUUUAUUACAUAAAUUUUAAAUUUGUCCUAAAGAUUAAUUAUGGGUAUAUACAUAUACAGAUGCAAAUCUACAAUCAAAUGUAUGUACAGUAAGUAAUAUAUAAUUUACUUAUGCUCACGUUUUUGAGAUAAGAACCUACUGAGAUGAUUAAUCAUUUCAAAAGUGUGUAUAAUAUAUUCUAUUUUUUGCUAAAAGAGAGAGAAAGCAGUCGUAUAUAAAUACUGUACACAAUUACUGGGUAUAUAUACGGGGCAGCCAUAAAAUUCCUUAUUUCUUUUAUAUAAAUUAGUCAUUAUCAUAAAUAUGCUAUAUGCACAUUUACUACAUAUAUUUUAUCUCUUUUUAUUUUAUAGCUUUUAUUCAAUGAAAAAUACAAAAAAUGUCACACAUAUGGAGAAUUUGGUGAUAGACCACCUUCUGCAAUGAGAAUAAUGGCUAAUAUAUUUCGAUCUGCUAAAUCUCGUACAUUAUUACAUUGAACAUAUCUUUUUUUUUAAUGUUUUAUUUUUUAUAUAUAUUUAAAAUUAAUUUUAUAUUAAUGUACAUAUUAUUUCAUAUCUUGCUUCACACUUAUUUUUUUUUAUUUAAGCAAAUUGUUCAAUAAAUAAAGUAUAUUAAUUAUACAAACAGAUUAUAUUGUAACAAUGCAAAUUACGAAUUUAUUUCAUUAUUACGUCACGAGUUCUUCAAUUUCAUACUAGGAGUAACAGAAUUUCGUGGCCACCCUGUAUUUAGAAAAAAGCAUAAAAAAAGAAUACUUGACACUUAUCGUUUCGAUUUUGUGACAUUAUAAGUGAAUGUUAAUAUCACAGGUGGUCCUUUUUAUUUUUUGUUGACGAUUGUUCUGCAUGUCUUUGUUCAGGAAAAAGUUCUGUUACCAUAGCACUAUUAUAUGAGUUAGGUCUUGAAACGUCUUAUCCAUCUUAUAGAUAUAGUGUGAAUUGCAUCUUUUGCAAAUUAUUAAUCGCAUUUAGUUUUGGCACGCAAGCGUUUGCAGAGUGAGCGUUACGCAUUUUCAAUAGAAAAGGGAAAUCUUACUUCGCUAAAUGUACGAGAAAGGAGCUUAAAUCGUACCUAGCUAGAUUACUAUAACAUAUAUAGCUAACUUAUAAAUCCUUGAAUAAGCUUAUAUCUCAGUAAAAUAUCGGGCGUAGGAUUUUUGAUUGAGAGAAUCUCACAUUAAACGCGAUAUAAAUUUUGAUUCGCUAUUGUAACAAUCAGAAAUCCGAAUUUCUCACCCUGGCAACAUAAGCUUCAUCAUCAGUUUAUAUACAGUCGAACCACCGUGCUUUUUCUCGACGGGGCCGAAAGUUUAGCUUUUUCUAUUUUUGAUUUUUUCUCUAACAUGUACUUAUAUUUAAAAUUUGAUCGUCGAAUAGGAUGAUGUUAGAAUGACAUGGAAACUGAAGAAAAAGUCAAAAAUAGAAAAGUUAAUAGGCUUGAGAAAAUACGGAAAGCCGACUGUAAAAUGCAACAACGAUGCAUAACAAUGCGCCACACUAUUUAUACGACAGAACUUUGAAUAAAAAUUACUGCAUGAUCAUUCGCUCUAAGCAUAAUUUAUAUUGUUGAUCAGCAGUUGUAUUGUCAAUUUUACGGAAAUAUUUUUGGAAGAAAAAGCAUCAAAGAAUUAAGAUUAAUUACGAGGAUAGAAGAGGAGAGAAAUAGAAAGGAGAAGAGAAAGAGAGAUUAAAUAGUAAUGCACAUGGUCGAGUGUCUCGAGAGUGACACGAGAUACAGAUGCCCAAAAUAAAAUAUAGCUGUUCGGUUAUUCUUUACGUCAUCGCUUUCAGCGAGAAAAUACAUUACUCAAAGCACAGUAAAAUUUGUUGCACAAUAUGAAUAUUAUAAGUCCGAUCGCUCCGAAAUUACAGACGAGUAUUGCAAUAUUGGAAAGUAAAUUCCUACGAUAAAUACAAAACAUGAAAUUCAAAUGUGAAGCCGCGCAAUUUGUACUUCUUUUAUCAAUUUAAAGAAAAUUUCUUUUUUUUCAUGUAUUGCAAAAUUACAAGUUUAUACAAGUUUGUUUUCUAUUUGAAACAAUGUAUUAAAUAUUAUAAGGGGGAGGGACGAUUAUAUACAAAGAUAUAUUUUAUUUCUCUUUUCGAUUCUUGAAAAUACAUCUUUUCGUUUUUUGAGAAAUCUGACCGUGCGCAUUACUUUUCAUCCUCCUUUUAUACAUUGAAAACCCGGCGCUACAAAUCUCGGUUGAAAAAUUUAUCUCGCAAGAUGUAAAAGCAUGGCGCUAAAAUAAAUGUUUUAAUAUAAAAAAAAAAA